AUCUCUGUCUCACGACAUCACAGCACCAAAGAUAUUAGGCAGAGCAUUGCAGAACAGAUUCGCGGAUAUAAGGAAGCUGAUGAGAUUUUCACAGAUCCAAAUAUAUUAAGUUGUUAUCUACCUAGAGACUUCUUCUUGUUGGUGGAUUGUACUGAUGAUGGGCAGAUUGAUCUACAUGACUUAGGUAUCCCCAAUUGUGGAUUUGUACUAGUGCUUACAACUCGAUCACAAAGUCUGAGAUAAUGGAUUUGGAUCUGGAGAUCAGAAUGGAGGACCAUCUGUUACCCUGGGAACUAUUCUGUAGGAAUGUGGGGCCAUCACUUGUUCAUACUUCUUCUGUUAUCCAACAAAUGGCUAUCCAUUUAGUGAAAGAGUGCCACGGCAACCUACUUGCCAUCAUUCUUCUUGCGAGGGCCUUGAAAGGUGUGACUGAUAUUGGUGUGUGGGACGUUGCACUCCACGAAUUAACAUCACAUUCCUCCCUCGAGCAAGUUGAAGAAGGAAUAAGUGAAGUCAUGGUUCAUGUGUUAAAACUCAUUUGGGAUCAGAAGGACAUUAUAACAAAACAUUGCAUAAAAAACUGUGCACUUCUACAACAAUGGAGCACACAUUCACUAGUAUUAAAUUGGAUCAAGGAUGAUUUAGUAGAAACACCGAAAGAAUGAAAUGUUCUUCUUGGAGAACUCAUCAAUUCCUUCUUGCUAGAGAAGGUUGGCAACAAUUAUGUCCGAAUGUGGGAUGAAACUAAAAUUGUCCUGCAGAAAUUAUUUAUACCGAGUCUUUUUCUAAGGCAAUGGGGAUUAGGAUUGACUGAGACACCAAAGGUUGAAAAAUGGACCACUCUCAAGGAGAUUGAGUUGAUGAAUAAUAAAUUGUCUGAGCUACCGGAGAACCCCAAGUGCCCAUUUCUCCAAAAACUGCUUUUACAUAACAACUAUGAGCUGAUGGAAAUUCCUGAAUUAUUCUUUGAAAGCAUGCCUCUCCUAGGAGUUCUAGAUUUGUCCUAUACUAGCAUAAAGUCUUUGCCACCUUCUAUUUCCAGAUUGAGAUCACUUCAAACAUUCAAUUUGAGAGGUUGUGCACUUCUCAUGGAGCUGCCCCCCCAACUCAGAGUACUUGGGAAUCUUGAGAUAUUUGAUCUUGAAGGAACUGAAAUUAUGUACCUACCCGAGGAAAUUGGUGAACUAAUUAGUUUGAUGUGCUUCAAGGUCUCUUUUUGUGGCCGUGCAAACCGCUAUAUGGACUUGAUAAUCCCAACAAAGGCAUUAUCAAAACUCUCUGAAUUGGAAGAAUUAAGCAUUGAUGUGAGCCCAGAUGAUGAGUGGUGGGAUGCUAAGGUGAAAACAAUACUCAAUGAACCAAGUAAAGCAUUAAAGUUGACAUUCCUUGAGUUGAAUUUGCCAACUGUUGAAAUAUUACAGCUACUUAGAUGGAAAGGCACAGAACUCAAGUAUCUAGAUUGGUUUGAAUUUAGAUUCAUUGUUAGUUGUCACCGACAACGCCUCAUAUCCCGCCUACCACAUGAAGUUGAAGAGAGAUUCAAGAAAUGGAACAAAUGGAGGAAAUGCCUUGAGUAUAUAAAUGGUGACGGAAAACCAACAGAAAUUACCGAGGUUCUCAACCGUGCCCUUGUUUUCUUCUUGGAUCGCCAUUGGACUAUCAAGAUGCUUUCUGAUUUCGAAAAUGAAAACCUGGUUAACUCAAAUUUUGUUUGUUGGUAGAAUGCAAUGAGCUUCAAACCAUUAUUGAUGGAAAUUAUAAAUAUCCAUCGGGUGUUGUUAAGGAACUUGUAUUCGAAUCGCUAAAUUACUUGGGUAUGCAUCAUAUGAAGAAUUUACAAAGCAUUUGGAAAGGUCCAAUUGAGAAUGGUAGUCUAUUAUGUCUGAGUUCCUUGACAUUGCGUACGUGCCCCAAUUUGACUACCAUUUUCACACCAAGUUUGCUUAAUAAUUUGUCGCAAUUGGAAGAGCUUGUAGUUGAAGACUGCUGCAAAAUUAAGAGCCUAGUUAUUCAGGAAUCUCCCAACUUCAAAUCUGGUUAUGUUCUCCAAAGAUUGAAGAGGAUGUCACUUGUUGACCUACCUAAAUUGGUCACCAUUUCAGGCGGUCUAAUUGUCAAUCCAAUAUUGAAAAUUCUGAUGGUUUAUGGUUGUCCAAAGCUUGAAAUUCUUUAUCCCACAGAAAUAUCUAGUACUAUUUCAAAGAUCAAAGGAGUGAAGGAGUGGUUGGAGGCAUUAAAUAGGAAUGAAUCAAAGUCCAACAUUACUUUCGAGGAACUUGGAAGUGGUGAAGAUUUGAUGGAUCAAUUAGCUAAAGAUCUAUUUGCACUAAUUGGGGAUGGACUUUUAGUAGCCAGGUCGUGACAAACUUUGUGGAAGACUGGGACAAUCCAAUGGAGUUUAGGAGCUCAUGCUGAGGAACUAUUGCUACUGGUGGCUGUAAAUUCCAAUAAAUCGUCUUCAAGCAAAACUGAUCAUAUGAAGCUUCAUAUAUAGCUUGUUCGUUAAUUUCUUUCUUGUAUUAAUUUCUGCUUGUCUUCAUUUCUUUGAAUACAACAUUGGGAUGUGAUGCUUUUAUUUGCUUUGAUGCUUUAUCUGUUUUAAUGUCUUGUGUGGAUGUGAUUGUAACAGUACUUAUUGUCAGUGUUGUAGUUGAUGUACUUGUUAUUGUUGUUACUUGAAACCCUAUCAUAUGGUAAUCUUUAAUGUGCUUUGGCAACUAAUACAUGUCUCUGUAUAUCCUGGGUGGCUUUAGUCUUCCUUGAAGGGCACUA